CUUUCUCAUUCCUAACCCUCGGCUCUCACAGGCUCCGGCUGGAACACUGCUGUCUCCUGGAAGAGCUCCAGAGCACCAUCACUCCGGGGCGCCUCGGCUGGUGCAUCCUCGUCCUGCCUUAGAGCACCGUCUCCAGGAGGGGGAGGCGAUCUGUUGGCCUCCUCCACCAGACCAUGAGCUCCCUGCAAACAGGGUUCCAGGGCUUCUGUCAGUGCCACCGCAGCUCCAGCACCAAGGACAGAGCCAGCCCACAGUAGGUGCUCAGUAAAUAUCAGUGGCUUGGAUCGAAGGAAUACAUGUAGCAAAAUAUACUCAGAAGCGGCCUGAGGCUCCGCCAAAAGGCCAGGUUUCCGGGGGGAAGGCUUAGGCAGCGACACCGAGCCCAGCCGCCUCCACCCCCACCACGCUCGGGGCCCUCCCUCCGCCCCGCCACCACCGUCCGCUCGUCCGGCCGCGGGGAAGGAAGAAAGGAGCGAAGGAGGCAGAGGCAUGGACCCACAGCCCCCUCCACCCGCCCAGGGCAGCCCGCCUCACCGGGGCCGGGGCCGGGGCCGGGGCCGAGGCCGGGGUCGGGGCCGAGGCCGUGGCAGGGGCGGUGCUGGAGCCCCCCGCGCCCCUCUGCCCUGCCCCACCUGUGGCCGCCUCUUCCGCUUCCCCUACUACCUCUCCCGGCACCGGCAGAGCCACUCAGGCCUCCGACCCCACGCCUGCCCCCUGUGCCCCAAGGCCUUCCGCCGGCCUGCCCACCUCUCCCGCCACCUGCGCGGCCAUGGGCCGCAGCCCCCGCUGCGGUGCGCCGCCUGCCCCCGCACCUUCCCGGAGCCCGCCCAGCUCAGGCGCCACUUGGCGCAGGAGCACGCGGGCGGCGAGGUCGAGCUGGCCAUGGAGAGGGCGUUCAAGGAGGAGGCCGAGUCCAGCUGGAGCUCGCAGGAGGAGGGCGCAGAGCAGCCGGCCACCGCCGCAGCAGGGCCCGUCAAGGAGGAGGCUGCGUGGCCCGAGGCGUGGCCCGCGGGGGAGCCGGCCACGCUGGCGGCCCCCACGAGCACCGAGCCCUGGAAGUCGGAGGAGGAGGAGGCCGAGGCCGGGGCUGCGGAGCUGCGGGCCGAGCUGGCGCUGGCGGCCGGGCGGCAGGAGGAGAAGCAGGUCCUGCUCCAGGCCGACUGGACGCUGCUAUGUCUGCGCUGCCGCGAAGCCUUCGCCACCAAGGGCGAACUCAAAGCCCACCCGUGUCUGCGCCCCGAGGGCGAGCAGGAGGGCGAAGGGGGGCCCCCGCCCCGCCCCAAGCGCCACCAGUGCUCCAUCUGCCUCAAGGCCUUCGCCAGGCCCUGGUCGCUGUCCCGCCACCGGCUGGUCCACUCCACCGACCGCCCUUUCGUGUGCCCGGACUGCGGCCUGGCCUUCCGCCUCGCCUCCUACCUCCGCCAGCACCGCCGCGUCCACGGCACGCUCAGCCUCCUGGCCUCGCUGCCCUCGGCGGGCAAGAAGGACGACAAGGCCGCGGGGGCGCGGACCUCAGGGAAGGGGCCCGAGGGCGGCGAAGGGGCUGAGUGCGGGGGCGCCUCGGCCGGGGGAGAAGGCGGGCAGGACGGAGGGGACGCCGCCCCGGCCCGGCCCCCCGCCGGGGAGCCCCGCUUCUGGUGCCCCGAGUGCGGCAAGGGCUUCCGGCGCCGCGCGCACCUGCGGCAGCACGGGGUCACCCACUCCGGGGCGCGCCCCUUCCAGUGCGUGCGCUGCCAGCGCGAGUUCAAGCGGCUGGCCGACCUGGCCCGCCACGCGCAGGUUCACGCCGGCGGCCCGGCGCCGCACCCCUGCCCGCACUGCCCGCGCCGCUUCUCGCGCGCCUACAGCCUCCUGCGCCACCAGCGCUGCCACCGCGCCGAGCUGGAGAGGGCCGCGGCGCUGCAGGCGCUCCAGGCCCAGGCGCCACCGCCACCGGCCGGCCAGGAGGCGGGGGGACCCCCGCCGCCAGCGGGGCGCAUCAAGGAGGAGCCGCCCUCCCCGGGGACCCCGCCCCAGUCGCCGCCGGCUGCCCCUCUCUUCCUCAGCGCCUCCUGUUUCGACAGCCAAGACCACUCAGCCUUCAAGAUGGAGGAAGAAGAGAUGGAGAGCAAGACGCACCUGCACGGGGUGGGCGGCCUGGCCUCCUGACCCUGACACCCACGCGCGGCCCCCGUGGGCUCCCCGGUUUGCAACGUGGAGGAGGGAAGUUGAAGGAUUGGCACCUCCUCUGCCCCCUGCCCCCCCUUCCAGCCCUGACACCAAGCGGGGCCCCGGCCCCCACCCCCAGCCCCCCUGAUGCCGGUUAGGAACUGCUCGCCACACACUCGUCUUAAGGCCGGACGACUUGGAAAAGAAGGCGGAGGACACUGGCCAGAGGGAUGGAGACUGGGGGAACCCCUGCCUGGCUGUCCCCCAUUAUACACACUGGACACCAUCACCUCUUUGGAACUGCCAGACCUGGGGGUAUCCCCAGUGAGCAAAGGUCCAUCCCUGCCCUUUUGUCUGUGAAUAAAUGUGAGUCCGUGGAA